AUGCAAACCAACCAGAGCAGUGUUUUACAACAGCUCAUUGGUGGUAGCAACCCUCUCACGACUGGUCAGAUUUUGUUUUCUUCCGGCUUGCAAUGCACGCAGACCUGCGGUUCGAACGGGGGUUGCGCCCCGAGUCUAGACCCCACCGAUCCUUCCGCGGCCAGCUGCAUAAGUGCUGCUCGCGUCUGUACCUGGACAUGGGAUACUUACGGACCCUUCCAGGAUGGUUGCGAGAACUUGCCUAGUAGCGACGCCGUCUUGCCUUAUUUCGGCGUGGAUCCAUGCACGGGCAGCGACUACGGGAGCAUUUCAGUGCCAAAUUCCUAUCUUGGAGGCGGCAUCAUUGAUAACAACGCCCCUGGGUGGUGGGACAAUGAAUAUGUUUGUAACUCUGGUUACUGA